UCACAAAAAAACUUGUGAUCAUAUUCAUCAAUAAUGGCGAUUCUUCUGUCCAACUUUCUCUUCUCAAUUCCAAAGCAACUCCACCACUCCAAACAAUCCUCUUCUCAACUCCAUUACUCAACCUCAAAUUUUCAGUUCCAAGGCUUCAGAUUAAUCAAUACAAGGAACACAGUGCAACAAUCACAAUGUCAAGUAGUUUCAAGAACCAGAGACUCAUCCUCUUCCACAGAACUCGAAAGUCAAAGAAACAUGGAAGAAUUAGUCGUACCUGAAGCGAAAGUCGCUGAUUCCUGGCGAGAAAUCCACGGCAGCAACGAUUGGACUGGAUUACUGGAUCCAAUGAACGAUCUCCUCCGCUCCGAGUUAAUCAGAUACGGCGAAAUGGCACAAUCUUGCUACGACGCCUUCGAUUACGAUCCGUUCUCAAAAUACUGCGGAAGUUGCCGAUUCAGUCGCGGCAAAUUCUUCGAACGACUCGGAAUGGAAAACGAAGGCUAUGAAGUAACAAGGUACCUGUACGCAACAUCAAACAUCAACAUGCCUAAUUUCUUCAAGAAAUCGCGAUGGCCAAAGGUAUGGAGCAAGAACGCGAACUGGAUCGGAUAUGUAGCAGUAUCGAACGAGGAGAAAUCGAAAGAGCUAGGGCGGCGAGACAUCGUGGUGGCGUGGAGAGGAACGGUGACGCGGUUGGAAUGGAUUGUGGAUCUGAUGGAUUUUCUGAAACCUGUUGCGGCGGCGAAGAUUCCUUGCUCUAAUUUGGGAGUGAAGGUGGAAUCAGGGUUUCUGGAUCUGUAUACGGAGAAGGAGGAAGGUUGUCGAUACAGUAGAUUUUCGGCGAGGGAGCAGGUGGUGGCGGAGGUGAAGCGGCUGUCGGAGAGAUUUGGAGCGGAGGAGGAGAUGAGUAUUACGAUCACUGGGCAUAGUUUGGGAAGUGCUUUGGCGGUUGUGGGUGGUUUCGAUGUUGCGGAAACCGGGUUGAACCGGUUGGGAAAUGGGCGGGUUGUGCCGGUUUGUGUUUUCUCAUUCUCGGGGCCCCGUGUUGGUAACGUCUCCUUCAAGGAACGCCUUCACGAAUUGGGAGUUAAGGUAUUGAGGGUGGUAAAUAUUCACGACAUGGUUCCAAAAACACCAGGAUUUUUAUUCAACGAAAGCAUACCUACGGCAGUGAUGAAAUUUGCGGAGGAAUUACCGUGGAGUUAUUCACACGUGGGGGUGGAGUUAAAAUUGGAUCACAAAAAUUCACCAUUUCUUAAACAAACCAACGACCCCGUUUGUGCCCAUAAUUUGGAAGCUCUUUUACAUUUACUUGAUGGGUACCACGAAAAGGGUGGUAGGUUUGUGUUAGCGAGCGGGAGAGAUCCGGCACUGGUUAACAAAGGUUGUGAUUUUCUAAAAGAUCAUUACUUAGUCCCACCAAAUUGGAGGCAAGAUGAAAAUAAAGGUAUGAUAAGGAACAAGGAUGGCCGUUGGAUACAACCUGAUAGAUCAAAAUUUGAUGAUCAUCCUCAAGAUGUACACCAUCAUCUUAAGCAAUUAGGCUUAGCUUUUGACUCCUAAUUUCUUAAUUUGUACCUAACUAGUUAAUUCAAUUUCUAUAGAUAGGUAAUCUGAAAUAAUAAUAAUAUGUGUCUAUUUUGUGGGUUAAUGAUUGAGUAUUGUUAGUGGAAUAUAUUGGACAUUGUAGGAGAGUUAUGAUUCGAUAACGUUU